AUGUUCCCUCUCUUCCUCCUCGCUACUGCCGCCUCGGCCGCGACUACCACCGACCUCGCCUAUGUCGCUGCCAACUUUGAGAAUGCCGGCCUCGGGUCCGUCUUCCCCUCGUUCGCUCCCGAGGCUGUCCUUGACGCGUCUUUCGGUUCUUCCAAGGUCGCUAUCGGCCAGCCCGUGACCCAGGACACUGCGGGCACGCGUCCUGAGCUUACAGUUGACGCCGGUGAUGCCUUUGAUGCCUCUGGCAACUACUCGCUCCUCCUGGUCGACGCCAACAUCGUUGGCUGGGCCGACAGCCAGAACCUCCACUGGCUCACCAACGGCGUGACCCUCAGCGGCAACGGUACCUCGACGCCCGACUACACUGCGGCCACAGACAUCCGUUCCUACGCUGGUCCCGGCCCUGCCGCCGGCUCGGGCGCCCACCGCUACGUCCUGCUCAUGUACCGUCAGCCUGCCCAGUUCACGGCUCCCGAGGGCUUCUCCGCCACCAUCGAGGACGUCAUCCCUUUCAAGGUCGGCGACUACGCCACCGCCGCCGGCCUCGACCUCGUCGCCGCCAACUACUUCACCGUUGAGAACGGUGUUGCCUCGGUCUCCGUUGCGCAGACUACGUCGGUCGACCCCGCCACCCUCUCCGUCGCCAGCUCGAGCGCCUCGUCGUCCGCCGCCGCGUCGUCCGGUGCCGCGUCGUCGGGCUCGGCAGCCGCCUCGGGCUCGCAGAGCCAGAGCGCGUCCAAGUCGGCCGCGAGCGGUAGCCCUUCGGCCCCCGCUUCCACCAACACCUCGGGGACUGGCAAGACCGUGCCUUCGCUCUUCGCUCUCGUCGCCGGCGCCGUCCUCGCCCUCUUCUAA